UUAGUAAAUACUUUACCCUCUUUCCCAACCAUAGAAAAGAAAGAAUCCAAUAGAUUCUCCUGCACAAAAUUUGGGGGAAAAAAAAAAGGAAAAUACCUAGGGUUUUUUGUGCUCUGCCGAUUGCAAAAUGCACAGAACCCAUGAUUCCAAUUUCAUGCGGCAUCCCUAAAUUUAGGGUUUCAACUCACAAUUCUCAUGUUAAUCUGAUGCUGAGCUCAAAUUGCAUUCACUCUCUACCUCAGCGCCCUUCUCUCCUCCUCUCAGCAUCGAGUCCCAGAUUUAGGGCUUCGAAAUUCACCUCCAAAUCGCCAUUCGCUCCUGCGUUGACCUUCCGCGUUUCCGAUACUCAUCACAGGCUCUCGACCAAGAAGUGGAAAAUCUCGUGCUUUCGGCAUGAAGAAUUUUCGUCCGACACUCCAAAUCCAGAACCUGCUGACGAACUUCUCCACGAGUCAGAGAAGGCAGAAAUUAAUAAACCGAAUAUUGAAAGAAGAAAUUGGGCUGCAAAUCCUAGAGAGGUUGUAGAUGCAUUGUUUAGAGUAAUCGGCAAACCUUGGACUGUACCAUGGACUGCAGAGACAAUUCUACAGGUAACACUCCUUUGGAUUAUUUCAUUCUGGUUUGUGGGAUCAUGGAUGAUUCCAUUCGGGGCCCACGUUGUCGGCUUCAGCAAGGAAUCACUGACGUUUAGAGGGCAGGCUUUGUUCAGCCUUCUAACAGACGUAACCGAAGGCCUAGCUGGCAUUCUAAUCCUCGUAAGAUGCCUGUCUCGAUUCCGCCCCCUUCCACCCGAUUGGUUCAAAUUCAGCCUAAGAGGGAAUUGGCCGUUCGAUGUUCUGCUCGGGUGCCUAAUGUUCCCAUUGGUCAAUCGCCUAUCGCAGUUCAAUUUGGACUUAUUGCCCGUUUUGCCCUCCACCCCCGUAACCCUAUCCAGUGUGGAGCAGUCGAUAAUGUCGCGGGACCCAAUUGCGAUGGGUUUAUACGCUCUUGUGCUUGUUGUGUGUGCUCCAUUAUGGGAGGAGAUUGUGUUCCGAGGGUUUCUUUUGCCUUCUUUGACAAAGUACAUGCCCGUUUGGUGCUCGAUUUUGGUGAGUUCGAUUGCGUUUGCUUUGGCGCAUUUUAAUGUACAGAGGAUGCUGCCCCUUAUUUUUCUGGGGGUGGUUAUGGGGGUGACUUAUUCGAGGUCGAGGAAUCUUUUGCCUUCGAUGCUGUUGCACAGCCUUUGGAAUGGCUUUGUGUUCUUGGAUUUGAUGAAAUGAAAAGAAAAGUUUAAAAAUUGUUUCCUCUUCACAUAAUAAUAAAUCCAGAGCAGAGGUGGAAAGGAUUGUUUGCAAGAGAGAAUCAAAUGCUGCAAGAGAAAUCUACAUUAGACUGUAAUCUUUUAUGUUGUAAUAUUAUUAUUAUUCAAAUUUUUUUUAUUUUUUUUUCUAGUGCAAGUUGUAAAUUAAUGGAGGCUUUAUUUAAUUCAAUUUCUUGUCCAAAAUCUUGUGAAUUGCAGGGUUUGUAGAAGAUUUUGGACUAGAAAAAAGAAUUUCAGAAAUAAUUAGUGAUGGCUCUUUUCACCUGUUUUA